AUGGUCUGGAGCAUUCUUGAGCCGCCCCCUCCCAGCUUAGGCCACGCCCUGAGGCAGUUCCUUGGGGCUACAGGACUCCUGAAGCAGAAGGCCAGCCACAGAGCCCUGGGACGGAUCUCCCAGCUCAGUCUGGCCAUGGACUCUGCAUAUGAGAUGGGCCACAUUCGGAAGCUGCAGGUACAGCACGUGCGGAUGCAGGAGAAGACUUUCACCAACUGGAUCAACAACAUCUUCCAACACGGCCGAGUGGGCCUCAAGAUCCAGAACCUGUACACAGAGCUGGCAGACGGCACCCACCUACUGAGGCUACUGGAGCUCAUCUCUGGGGAGGCCCUGCCACCCCCCAGCCGGGGCCGCAUGCGUGUGCACUUCCUGGAGAACAACAGCCGGGCGCUGGCCUUCCUCAGGGCCAAGGUACCAAUCCCUCUCAUUGGGCCAGAGAACAUCGUAGAUGGAGACCAGACGCUCAUCCUGGGACUCAUCUGGGUCAUCAUCCUGCGUUUCCAGAUUUCCCAUAUCUCCCUGGACCGGGAAGAGUUUGGGGCCAACGCGGCCCUGCUUUCUGCCAAGGAAGCUCUGCUGGUCUGGUGCCAGCGGAAGACAGCCUGCUACGCCAACGUCAACAUCACCGACUUCUCCCACAGCUGGAGUGACGGGCUCGGCUUUGGUGCCCUCAUCCAUGCCCACAGGCCAGAUCUGCUUGACUACAGCUCCCUGCGUCCCGACUGCCCACUGUACAACCUCAACACUGCUUUCCAUGUGGCUGAGCAGGAGCUGGGCAUUGCUCAGCUGCUGGACCCCGAGGACAUAGCAGCCCUGCAGCCUGAUGAGCGCUCCAUCAUGACCUACAUCUCCCUCUACUACCACCACUUCUCCCGCCUGCACCAGGAGCAGACUGUCCAGAGGAGACUCGCUAAGAUCCUGCUUCAGCUCCAGGAGACAGAGGAAAUGCAGGCCCAGUACGAGAAGCUGGUGGCCGACAUGCUAUGUUGGAUUGCAAAGAAGCAGGUACAGCUGGAGGCCCAGGACUUCCCAGACUCCCUGACUUCCAUGCGCCAGCUACUGGUGGCUUUUGCCUCCUUCCGCACCAAGGAGAAGCCACAGAGGCUGCAGCAGCGAGGGGCCGCAGAGGCCCUGCUCUUCCGGCUACAGACAGCACUCCGAGCCCAGAACCGCAGGCCCUUCCUGCCUCGCCAGGGCCUGGGCCCUGCAGAGCUGUCCCAGCGCUGGGCAGGCCUGGAACGGGCAGAGGCCUCACGGAGCAAGGCCCUGCAGCAGAGACUCCUACAGUUAGAGCGGCUGGAAACCCUGGCCCGGCGCUUCCAGCGUAAGGCAGCCCUCCGGGAGAGCUUUCUGACAGACACAGAGAAGGUGCUGGACCAGUCCGCAGCCCCGCCUACCAGCCUGGUCACAGUGGAGGUGGCAGCGCAGAGGUUGGGCAUGCUGGAGGCCAGCAUCCUGCCCCAGGAGGGGCGCUUCCAGGCCCUGGCUGAGAUCGCGGACAUCCUCCAGCAGGAGCAGUACCACAGCUGGGCAGAUGUGGCUUGCAGGCAGUUAGAGAUCACACGGCGCUGGGAACGGCUCCUUCAGCAUCUCCAAGAGCAGAGGAAGUGGAUGGCAGGCGUGCAGGCUGUGCUGAGCCUGCUGCAGGAAGUGGAGACUGCCUCCGACCAGCUCAGGGAGCUGCAGGUGCCAGCCAGCUCCACGGCCUGUGGGCAACAAUUGGCAGAGGUAGUGGAGCUGCUGCACAGGCAUGACCUGCUGGAGGCCCAGGUCUCAGGCCACGGAGCCCAUGUGAGCCAUCUUGCCUACCAGACCAUGGCACUGGACUCCUCCCUGGGCACUAGUGUGGAGAUGCUACAGGCCAAAGUCCAGGCGCUGGCCCAGCUCCACCAGAGCCUCGUGUCUCUUGUCAAGGCCAGGAGGGCCUUGCUGGAGCAGACCCUGCAGCGGGCGGAGUUCCUGCACAACUGUGAGGAGGAGGAAUCCUGGUUGAGGGAGCGCAUGCGGAUGGUGGAGGAUGUGACCCUGGGCGGGGAUCUUGGCCAGAUUGCUGCCACCCUGCAGAAACAUAAGGCCCUGGAGGGCGAGCUGCGCAGCCACCAGGUCGUGUGCGCUGAUAUCGAGAGGAGGGGACGAGACCUAAGCGCACGCGGGCCCCUGACCCGACCAGAUCCCCAGGAGUGGGCAGAAGCGGUGCAGGACCUGUGGCAGCAGCUCCGGGCCCAGGUGGCGAGACAGAGCGCAUGGCUGCAGGCAGCCCUGCUCGUCCAAAAGUACUUCGCAGACGCAGCAGACGCGGCCACAUGGCUACUGGAGCAGCGGUCAGCUCUGGAAAGCACGUCCUGCGGACAGGACCAGGCCAGCACUGAGGCCCUGCUGCUGGGCCACCUGCGGCUGGAACCCACCCUGCGGGCCUUCCGGGCUGAGCUGCAGCAGUUGGACGAUCAGGCACGGGCUGCCGCGGCGAGGGCAUCCCUCACGGUAGUGUCUGCCCUGAGUUCUCCAAGGGAAGGUCCGAGGAGCCUGGGGGCCUGGUGUGAGGUUUCCUGCCACUCUGGCCCCUGGGGUGUCCAGAAGAUGGCCCUCCCAGCUAAGCCUGACGCUGACUUUGACCCCAACACCAUACUUCAGACACAGGACCGCUUGAACCAGGAUUAUGAGGGCCUGCAGGCCCUGGCAGAGCACCGCAAGGCCCAGUUGGAGGAGGCAGUGGCUCUGUUUGGUUUCUAUGGCUCAUGUGAAGAGCUCAAGUCCUGGCUGGAGAACCAGACAGCACUGCUCAGGACACUGCAGCCCCAGGCUGACAACUUAGACGUCAUGCAGCUCAAAUUUGAGAACUUUCUCACUGCCCUGGCUGUGGGAAAGGACCACUGGGCUGAGGUCAGCAGCUCUGUUGAGCAACUGAAGCAGAGAUGUCCUGGAGAUUCCCCCAAAAUCCAGCGACAGCAUGAGGAACUGGGCCAAAGGUGGAGGCAGCUGGAGGCCCUGAAGAAAGAGAAAGAAAUGCAGCUGGUGUACACCAUGGAUGUGUAUAGUUUUAUGCAGGAAUGUGGACCCACACAGGUCCAGCUGCAAGAUGUGAUACUUCAGCUGGAAGCCCUGGAGCCUGGGCACUCAGAGCACAGUCACCGUAUCCUGAAACUGGCCCAGCAGAAGAUACUAGCACUGGAGAGGUCCAUCCACUACCUGCAAAGGGUGGCCAUAAAAGUCAAGGAGUCAGGCCCCACAGAGAGCCAGUCCCUACAAGAGCAGGUGGAGAUGCUGCAGGGGCUACUGAAGAGUGUAUGGAAGCAAGUGGCCCAGCAGACCCAGGCCCAGGCCCAGAGGCAAGCUCGGCAGAGCUUCUUGCAGGAGAGCCAGCAGCUGCUGCUGUGGGCGGAGGGUGUCCAGGCUCAGCUACACAGCAAGGAGGAGGUGGUGGACAUGACCUCAGCCCAGCGGCUACUGGAGGAACACCGAGACCUGCUAGAGGAGAUUCACCUGCAGCAGGAGAGGCUGCAGCAGCUAAAGGCUCAGGGCGAGCCCAUGGCAGCCUUGGGCUCCACAGACUCCCAAGAGGUGAUCAAUGCUCUGAGUCUCCUGAGCCAGCAAGGCCAGGGGUUAAAGGCUGCCUGGGAGCAGAGACAGCAGCAGCUGCAGGAGGGGCUGGAGCUGCAGAAGUUUGGCCAAGAAGUGGAUGGUUUCACUGCCACCUGUUCCAAGCAUGAGGCCUUCCUGCAGCUGGACAACCUUGGGGAGGAUGUGGGAGAGGCCCAGAGCCUGCUGCAGCAACACCAGCAGUUUGGGCGGCUCCUCAGCAUACUGGGCCCUCGGGCAGAGGCUCUGCAGGCACGUGGCAAGAAGCUGGCUCAGAGCCAACACCCUGCUGCACACAAGGUCAGAGAGAAGCUGCAGAGUGUCCAGGAGCAGUGGACCAGGGUCCAGGAGAGGUGUGAGCAGAGAAGGAGGCAGCUGCUGGCUUCCCUCCAGUUCCAGGAAUGGAAGCAGGACGUGAUGGAGCUGAUGCUCUGGAUGAAGGAGAAGGGGCUGGUGGUAGUGGAUGAGCCCUCCCAGGAGCCUAGCAACAUCCUGCAGAAACUCAAGAGGCAUGAAGCAGCUGAGCGUGAGCUGCUGGCCACCCAUGGGCACGUGGAGGGCCUGCAGCAGAUUGGCAGAGAACUGUCGAGCAGCAAGCCUUGUGUCCAGGAGGACGUGCAGGCCAGGCUUCAGGGCCUGAGUAGCCAGUGGGAAGAGUUGAACCGCAAGAUGGCAGAGCGUAGGGAGCAGCUCCAGCAGGCAAGGCAGCGGGACCAGCUCCUCGCACUGCUACAGGAUGCUAAGGAGAAGAUGGAGCAGCUGGAGGGGGCCCUACAGGGAGCAGAAACAGGGCAGGACCUGUGCUCCAGCCGGGGGCUGCAGAAACAGCACCGCCAGCUGGAGAGCGAGAGCCAGGCAUUGGCCAGCAAAAUGGCUGCCCUAGUCGCCCAGGCCCACCAGGUGGUCAAUUCCCAGCCCAUCAUGGAGGAGACCCAAAAGUAUCUCCAGAGGUUGGAGUCCCUGCAGGGAUGUCUGGCCGCCCGGCGUCUGCAGCUACAGGCCUCGGUUGAGCUGUACCAGUUCUACCACUUGAUCACCUUGGAGCUCACGUGGGUAGCUGAGCAUAUGCCCAGUGCAAGCUCUGCCAGCUCCACCACGUGCUUGGAUGAUGCUCUGAGCCUUUGCCACAAGCACAAGGAGCUCCGGGCGGAGGUGAAAGCUCACCAGGGACAGGUGCAGCAGGUGCUGGGUUCUGGACAGAGCCUAGCAGCCUCGGGGCACCCCCAAGCCUUGCAUAUCAUGGAGCACUGCCAGGAACUGGAAGGCCGCUGGGCAGAGCUGGAGCAGGCGUGUGAGGAGCGGGCCGAGUGCUUGCAGCAGGCUGUCACUCUCCAGCAGUAUUUUCUGGAUGUGUCAGAGGUGGAGGGCUGGGCGGAGGAGAAGUGGCCACUGGUGAGCAGUCAGGACUACGGUGAAGACGAGGCAGGCACCACCAGGCUCAUUAAGAAGCACCAGGCCCUGCAACAAGAACUGGCUCUUUAUUGGAGCUCCAUGGAGAAGCUUGACCAGAGGGUCCACACCCUCAGUGGCCCCGAGGCCCCUGAGCAGCUGGGCAUGGUGCAAGAGAGGCUCCGGGGGCAACUACAGGUGCUGCAGGAGUUGGCAGCCUCACGGGACCGAGAACUGGAGGGCACCCUGAAGCUGCACGAGUUCAUGAGGGAAGCUGAGGAGCUGCAGAGCUGGCUAGCUAGCCAGACACAGGCGGCCAGAGGAGAGGAAAGCCUCGGAGAGGACCAUGAGCACGUCCUGCACCUCUGCACCAAGUUUGCAAAGUUUCAGCACCAAGUGGAGAUGGGCCGGCAGCAAGUGGCAAUCUGCCAGCACCUGGUGGAGACGAUGCUGGAGCGUGGGCACAGCACUGCUCCCAAGGCCCGUCGGAGGCAGCAGGAGCUGCAGGCUGCCUGGUCGGAGCUAUGGGAGCUGACCCAGGCCCGAGGCCAGCUGCUCAGAGAUGCCGAGAUCACUCUCAGAGUGCACAGAGAUCUGUCGGAAGCCCUCACCCAGAUCCAGGAGAAAGCCACAAGCCUCCCCAGUGACUUGGCCCAGGACUUGCGUGGACUAGAGGCCCAGACGAGGAGACACGAGGGGCUAGAGCACGAACUUGUGGGCACUGAGCGGCAGCUGCAGGAGCUGCUGGAGACAGGAGGCAUGGUGCAGAAGCUGGGCCCUCAGGCCCAUGCAGUGCAGCAGAGGCAGCGGGCACUGGUGCAGGCCUGGGAGGCCCUGAAACUACACAUGGAGCAGCGCAAGGGUCAGCUGAAGCAGGCAUGCCUCCUGGCCCGCUUCCACACAGCGGUGCAGGACUACAUGUCCUGGGUGGCUGGUGUAUGGCAGGAGCUGCAAGAGGAGAAGAACUCCCAAGAGGGCAGCAGUGUUCAGAUAAAGCUCAGCAUUCACCAACAGCUUCGGGCAGAACUGGAGGCCCAGGAGGAGCUACACCAGCGGGCCACCCAGCUGGGCCAGCAGGCACUUCUGGCUGCAGGAACACCCAUCAGGGAGGUCCAGGAAGGGCUGCAGGCCCUGAAGGACAGGCGGGAGCAGCUGUUCCAGGCCUGGGAGCAGAAGCAAGAGAGGCUGCAGGCCACACACCAGGAGCAGCUCUUCCUCAGGAAGUGUGGUCACCUGGAAGAAACCCUCACGGCCCAGGAGGUCUCCCUGAAAACCAGUGUCCUAGGGAGCUCCGUAGAAGAGGUAGAACAGUUGAUCUGGAAGCAUGAGACCUUCCAGAAGGUGCUGACUGCCCAGGAUGAGAAGGAGGCAGCUCUGUGUGAGCAGGCAGACACACUCCAAGGCCCCAGGGUCCAGGACCUGCUCCACACAGUGUUGGAACAUCGGGCUCGAGUGAAGGAACUGGCGGAGACCCGAGGACAGGCCCUGCACACCUCCCUGCUGAUGGCUGGCUUCACUAGGGCCACGACCCAGGCCGAGGACUGGAUUCAGGAGCGGGUCCAGCAGUUGGAAGAGCCACUGCCUCCUGGAGAUCUGAAAGAUAAGUUGAGGCACCUGCAGAAGCACCAGGCCUUCAAGGCUGAGGUCCAGGCCCAUGAGGAUGUCAUAACAGCUGUCAUCAAGGAGGGCGAGGCUCUCCUGGCACAGAGCCAUCCUUGGACAGGAGAGGUCUCCCAGAGGCUGCAGGCACUGCAGAAACACUGGGAGAAGCUGAGGCAGGCGGUGGCCCUCCAGGGCCAGGACCUGGAGGACAUGCAGAACUUCCUAAAGUUCCUGCAGAGCGUGGACUGUGCAGAGGCCUGGAUCCAGGACAUGGAGGUGAUGGUGAACAUCGGUGACCUGGGCCAGGACCUGGAGCACUGCCUGAAGCUCCGCAGACAGCUCCGGGAGUUCCGGGGAAUCUGGGCCGGGGACAUGGUGGAUGAUGCCUACAUCAGGAACAUCAAUGACUUGUCACUGCAGCUCAAGAACAGGGACCCCGAGCAAGUCAGGACCAUCUGCCAGCGGCGACACCAUCUCAACAAUAGGUGGCACAGUUUCCAUGGCAACCUGCUUCACUACCAGCGGCAGCUUGAAGAGGCCCUGGAGAUACACACAUUGUCCCUUGAGCUGGAUGCCGUCACAGAGCAGAUUGGGGAGAAGGCCACCCUGGUCCAGGCCCUGGACUGCGGGAAAGAUCUAGAGAGCGUGCAGAGGCUGCUGCAGAAACACGAGAAGUUGGAGCAGGAAAUGGGCCUCAUUCAGGCCCAGGUGGAGCCCCUAGAGCGUGAGGUGGGCCGCCUCUGCCGAAGAAACCCCAGGGCAGCCCACAGCCUCAGCGGCAAGCAGCAGGAGAUGGUGGACAGCUGGCAGCGGCUCCUAAGCAGGGUCCAGAAGUGGAGGGAGUCGCUGGAUGCCUCGCACCAAGCUCAGAAACUGCAGAUGAUGCUACAGGAAUUGCUUGUCUGGGCCCGGAGGCUGCGAGCUGAAAUGGACACCCGAAGCGCUCCCCGCAGCUCGGCAGAGGCCCAGCACAUGUUGGAGAAGCACCAGGAGCACAAGGCCAAGCUGGACUCCCGAACAGACAGCAUCAACCUGGCCCGGAACACAGCGCAGCAACUACUUGCAGCUGGCCACCCAUCCGCCCCUGACAUCUGCCAGGCCCUGGCUGGCUUAGAGCAAGAGCUGAACAGUUUGGAAGGGGCCUGGCAAGAGCACCAGCUCCAGCUUCAGCAGGCCUUGGAGAUACAGUUGUUUCUGAGCUCUGUGGAGCAGAUGGAAAGUUGGCUCUGCAGCCAGGAAGCCUGCCCAGCCAGCAAGGGUCUAGGGGACCCCUUGGCCAAUGUGGAGACCCUCCUGUGGAAGCACAAGGUGCUGGAGCAGGGCCUGGAGGCACAGGCAGAAAAGAUCAACGCAUUGGAGGCCACAGCGCGCAACCUGCACUGGGGUGGGCACCCCGAGGCCCAGAGCACCCUGAGCCGGUGCCAGGCCAUGCUCCUGAGGAAAGAGGCACUCCUGGAGCGAGCCCGGAACUGCCGCCACCACCUGGAGGAGCUCCAGCAGCUGCAGACUUUCCUACAGGAUUCCUAUGAGGUGGCUAUGUGGCUCAGGGAGAGGAACCUGGUGGCCACGGAAGAGGGCUGGCGGGACCCAGCCAUGCUGCAGGCACAGUUACGGAAGCAGCAGAAUCUCCAGGCUGAGCUGGACACGAGUGUGCACCAACGACAAAGGCUGCAGAUGGAAGGGCAGAGGCUGCUACAGGGAGGCCACCCAGCCUCAGAGACCAUCCAGGAGCGGCUGCAGGAGCUGGGAGAGCUCUGGGACGAGCUGCAAGCCAACUGCCAGAGGAAGGCAGCCAAGCUGCAGGAGGCCUGCGAGACCCUGCGUCUCCAGAGGAGUGUGAAGGAAAUGGAGAGCUGGCUGGAAGCCAUGGAGGUUGAGCUGAGAGUUCCCAUCGAAGGCCAGAACCAGGCUGGGCUGGAGGAGCUCCUGGGCACUCAAGGAGAGCUGGAGGCAACAGUGGACAGGCAGGCCAGGCAGGCACAGGCGCUGCUGGGCCAGGCCCGGAACUUUGUACAGGAAGGCCACUGCCACGCCCACCAUGUGGAAGAGCAGGCCCAGCGGCUGCUUCAGAGGCUGGAGAGCCAGCGGGAGCCCCUGCGGGAGCGCAGGACAACCCUGGAGGCCCGGAGCCUCCUCUUGCAGUUCUUCAGGGACGCUGAUGAGGAAAUGGCCUGGGUACAGGAGAAGCUGCCCCUGGCCUCUGCCCAGGACUACGGCCAGAGCCUGAGCACUGUGCGGUGCCUGCAGGAGAAGCACCAGAACCUGGAGAGUGAGAUGAGCAGCCAUGAGGCUCUGAUCCAGGCAGUGGUGGGCACAGGGCACAAGCUGGUGCAGGCUGGGCACUUUGCUGCCCCUGAAGUGGCUGCUCGGGUACAGCAGCUAGAGACCGCCAUGGGCUGCCUGCGGGCAGAGGCUACGCAGAGGUGGCAGCGGCUACAGCAGGCUCAGGAGACUCAGCAGCUCCUGGUGGAGCUCCUGGAGGCAGAAACCUGGCUGGCCGAACGGGGCUGUGUCCUGGACAUUGAGGACGUGGGCCAGAAUGCUGAGGCCACGCGGGCCUUUCUGCGGCGGCUAGAGGCCACCAGGAGAGACUUGGAGGGGUUCAGCAUGCGCAUCGAGAGACUUCAGAAGACAGCGGCCCUCCUUGAGAGCGGGCAGGGCCCAGAAAGCCCCAAAGUGCUGGCCUGGAUGCGGGCAGUGAAGGAGGGGCAUUCAGGGCUGCUGCAGAGAGCAGAGGGCAGGCGUCAACGCCUGCGGGAGCAGCUGCAGCUCCACCAACUGGAGCGGGAGGCCCUGCUCCUCGAUGACUGGCUGGCCAGCAAGGUGGCUACUGCCGAAUCUCAAGACUACGGACAGGACCUGGAGGCCACCAAGGUUCUAGGGGAGAAAUUUGAUGCUUUCAGAGAGGAAGUCCAGAGCCUGGGGCAAGCCAAGGUGCAGGCCCUGAGGGAGCGGGCACGCAACCUGGAACAGGCAGCACCCAGGUGCCAUCCCCAGAUUCAAGCCCAGAGGAGUCUCAUUGAGGCCACUUGGGAGAGGCUGGACAGGGCAAUAAAGGCCCGCACACAGAACCUGGCCGCGGCCUGUGAGGUCCAUGGCUUUAAGCAGGCGGUGGCCGAGCUCCGGAGCUGGAUGCAGGAGAAGGCCACCCUGAUGGCAAGAGACACCUAUGACCACAGCCUGUUAUCCAGGCAGACCCUGCAAAAACAGCACAAGUGCCUGGAGAUGGAAUUGGCAGCUAUGGAGAAGGAGGUGGCACGGGUGCAGAUGGAGGCCUGCCGACUGGGCCAGCUACACCCUGUGGCUCAGGAGAGCCUGGCUCAGCAGCUGGCCGAGGUGCAGGAGGUCUGGGCCACCCUGGAUGCGAAGGCCCAGGAGCGAGGCUGGCAGCUGGAGCAGGCUGCCCAGGGCCGCACCUUCCUUGGACGCUGUCAGGAACUGCUAGCAUGGGCUCAGGAGAAGCAGGCACUGGUAUCCUCAGAGGAGCUGGCUGGGGACAUGGCAGAGGCCGAGUGGCUCCUGGGGCAGCAUGAGGAGCUGGAGCAAGAAAUCAAGGAGCACUGCCUUCAAGCCCAGAAUAUAAAGCAGGAGGGGCAGCAGCUGGUGGACAGUGGCCACUUUAUGUCUCUGGAGGUGACAGCGUGUCUGCAGGAGCUGGAAGGGCAGCUGCAGGCGCUCAAGGAGGCCUGGGCCCUGCGCCGGGAUUGCUGCGAGGAGAACUGGUGCCUGCAGAAGCUGUGGCAGGGGCUGGACCAGGCCGAAGCCUGGCUGGCUUCCCGGGAGGGCCUCCUGCUGGACCCCAACUGUGGGGACUCAGUGUCCGAUGUGGAGCUGCUGCUCUGCAGACACCAGGACUUAGAAAAGCUGCUGGCAGCCCAGGAGGAGAAGUUCGUCCAACUGCAGAGGAAGGUGGGGAUGGAACGGAAGCUGCUGCAUCAGGUGAAAAGGCUAAAACCUAGAAGAGUUGGCAGUGGGCUGACCUCCCUUCAGCACAGGCCCCUUGGAAGCUGGUGGCCUAGGGCAUGGCUGGCUGAGACAAGGGACCUACAGCCAGGUGUCCCUGUUGGGCAGCACAUACCCUUGGCCACCAUUGUCUCCCUGGAGCAGGCAGCCAGGCCGCAGGAGCCCAGCGGGGAUGCAAAGGGUACCCCCACCAUAGAGGAGUCUUUGGAGCUUAAGCAGCAGCUCCUGCCUGGGAGAAGGCAGCCCAGCUCCAGUCCCUGGGACGGCUGCCACAGGACCUGGGGACGAUCCCUGAGCCUGUUCCAGGAAGCGAGGAUGGCAGUGGAGAACAUGGCUUCUACAUCCACUCUUGACCUCAUAGGAGCCCAGUGUGAGAGGCCACGGGAAUACCAUAACAGGAAACACACUUUUUCCUUAAGGCUGAGCAGCGGGGCAGAGAUCCUGUCUGCAGCACCAUCUAAAGGACAGGGUGACAGCUGGUAUCAAGCCCUAAGCAGCACAUCAGUUCUGGAGGCUGAGAAGUCCGAGAUCAAGGCAUCAGCAGACUGGGUGUCUGCCCACAGUCUGAGCCCAGAGCUCACAGCCAGACCUCUGGACUUCCCAGCUGAAAGUGCGCCCAGCAUGGCUGCUCCACUCAGUGACAAUAGAGUCCGGGUCAUGAGGCUCCCUUCCCCCCGCCCCUCCAGAUUCCACGGCUGUCCCCCACCCUCCUCACUGAGGGAGACGCACGUGGGCAGUGACAGCAACCCACAGCCCUUGGAGUCCCCUGCGAUGGCUGGCCCUGCAGAAGACACUGCACAAGGCUCCCGCCACCUUUUCUGCUCAGGCCAGACCCAAGGUCUGGGCCCUGAAGCAAACCCUGAGGUGGCAGCAAACCUCAGGGCUAAAAGUGAAGACACUCUCUAAGGGACCAGAACAAGACUCAGCUACCAGGCCCCUCAGGACCAACUUCGAGAAUA